GAGUUCGCCCUUUCCAUCGCGGAGAAGAUGCAAGUGCAGGACGUGCUGCGGGGCCUGCGUCUCCCCGAGCUCGACGACCUGGGCCAGCUCUUCCGCAGCCUGCCGGCCACGGCGCUGGUGGGCCUGGGCGCCUUCGCGGCCGUGGUGGCCUACUGGUUCGCGAGCCGGCCCAAAGCAGUGAAGCCGCCCUGCGACCUCUCCAGGCAGUCGGCAGAAGUGGAGGGCUUGGACGGCGCGCGGAGGUCCGUGAUAGGCGACAGCACCCAGCUGCUCACUCACUACUACGACGAUGCAAGAACCAUGUAUGAGGUCUUCAGAAGAGGAUUUAAUAUAUCUGAAAACGGCCCCUGUCUGGGAUUCAGAAAGCCCGAGCAGCCCUACCAGUGGCUGUCCUAUAAAGAGGUCUCUGAAAGAGCAGAAGCUUUGGGUUCGGGCUUGCUCCAGCAGGGAUGUAAACCAUCCACGGAGCAGUUCAUCGGGGUCUUUGCUCAAAACCGGCCCGAGUGGAUCAUCUCCGAGCUGGCUUGCUACACUUACUCCAUGGUGGUGGUUCCCCUGUACGAUACCUUGGGCCCUGGAGCCAUCCGCUACAUUGUGAACACAGUGGACAUUUCCAUAGUCAUCUGCGACAAGCCGGAGAAGGCCCAGGUUCUCCUGGGCCACGUGGAGCGGGGGGAGACGCCGGGGCUGAGCACCAUCAUCGUGAUGGACCCGUUCGAGACGGAGCUGCGGGCGAGAGGGGCGCGCUGCGGGGUGCGCGUGCGGGCCCUGCGCGACGUGGAGGAGCGCGGCCGCGAGGGUCGUCGCCCGCCCGCGCCUCCUCGACCAGAAGAUCUGUCAAUCGUCUGUUUUACUAGUGGCACUACAGGCAACCCCAAAGGCGUUAUGUUGACUCACGGCAACGUGGUUGCUGACUUCUCGGGCUUUCUCAAAGUGACAGAGAAAGUGAUCUUUCCGAGACAGGACGAUGUGCUCAUCUCCUUCCUGCCUCUGGCUCACAUGUUUGAGAGAGUGAUACAGUCCGUAGUGUACUGCCACGGCGGGCGGAUCGGAUUCUUCCAAGGAGACAUCCGUCUCCUGUCGGACGACAUGAAGGCGCUGCGCCCGACCAUCUUCCCUGUUGUGCCAAGGCUGUUGAACAGGAUGUACGAUAAGAUCUUCAGCCAGGCAGACACCUCCCUGAAGCGCUGGAUGCUGGAGUUCGCUGCGAGACGGAAAAAGGCCGAAGUUCGAAACGGGAUCGUUAGAAAUGACAGUUUGUGGGACAAGCUCUUCUUUAAUAAAAUCCAGGCGAGCCUCGGCGGCCGCGUCCGCAUGAUAGUGACGGGCGCCGCGCCCGCGUCGCCGGCGGUGCUGGGCUUCCUUCGCGCGGCGCUCGGCUGCCAGGUCUAUGAGGGUUAUGGCCAAACAGAAUGCACCGCCGGCUGCACCUUCACCACCCCCGGGGACUGGACAUCAGGUCACGUAGGAGCCCCUUUGCCCUGUAAUUUGAUCAAAUUGAAGGAUGUGGAAGAGCUGAAUUAUUUUGCUUCCAAAGGAGAAGGAGAGAUAUGUGUGAAAGGACCAAAUGUUUUCAAAGGUUAUCUGAAAGAUGAAGAGAAGACAGCCGAAGCGUUGGACGAGGAAGGCUGGCUUCACACAGGAGACAUUGGGAAAUGGUUACCCAACGGGACUCUUAAAAUUAUUGAUCGGAAAAAGCAUAUAUUUAAACUCGCUCAGGGAGAAUAUAUUGCACCGGAGAAGAUCGAGAAUAUCUAUAUCCGCAGUGACCCUGUUGCCCAGAUAUAUGUCCAUGGAGACAGCUUGCAGGCCUUUUUGGUAGGGAUUGUGGUACCUGAUUCGGAAGUUAUGCCAGGCUGGGCCAAGAAGAGAGGAUUUGAUGGAACGUAUGCAGAACUCUGCAAAAAUAAGGAAUUGCAGCAAGCAAUAAUGGAAGAUAUGGUCCGGUUAGGUAAGGAGAGUGGACUUCACUCCUUUGAACAGGUCAAAGCCAUUUACAUUCACUCUGAUAUGUUCUCAGUACAAAAUGGUUUGUUGACACCUACAUUAAAGGCUAAGAGACCAGAACUAAGGGAUUACUUCAAAAGACAAAUCGAAGAGCUGUAUUCAAGCAUCUCCAUCUGAAGUCGCAGGAGGACUCCUCGGAGUGGCGGGCUUUGUAGCAACACUAGAAUAACACUCAAAAGUGCAGAGCCAGAAUGGCACGGCUGAAAGGGAUAAGCACCUGAAUCUUAUAUUUGAGCCUUUCAUUUUUCCAGGAUUUCACCACUAACCAUAAUUUCCAUUUUCCUCCUUUUUUUUUCAUCAGGUGUGGAUACACUCUGUUUUUACUCUAUGUACACAGUAGGAGACUACUAAAAAUUAUGUUCAAUACCCACAAAAUACACAGAAAUUUCAAUCCAUGACUGAGUAAAUUAUGGAAACUGAUUAUUAACUCCAAAUGUUUCUGAUUAAACAGAGAGAAGAAUUUUUGGUAUGUCUGAUAUUUGAUUGUAUGUAACUUAAUAGAUUAGGAACUAAAAUUGUUGAUAAUUCAAUAAUGUGGUCUACCUCAAACAAUCAAUGAUUGGUGGUAAAAGUCUAUUUUUCCUGGUCUGGA